CACGCAGUGCUCGUGCGAUCUGAAGUCACAGUUGAGGGACGAAGCAAAAAUGUCCUCUAGCGAUCAGAAUCCAGCCGCCACACCCGCGUCGGGCGGCCCCGCCGAACCCUCGCCGCCGGGCAGGCCAACGGCGGUGUCCUCGCAGGUCCUCGACGCGGGCGCGCGGCUGGUGCAGUCGCUGAAGCCGGUGCGGCAGAUGAAGCAGCACGCGUGCAGCUUCGCGCUGUACGCCCACGACCUGCACCGCCAGAUGGAGGUCCACCACUUCGUCUCCCGGCUCAACCAGGACGUCCUCCAGUGCGCCGUCUACGACUCCGACAAGCCCUCGGCCCGCCUCAUCGGCGUGGAGUACAUCGUCUCGGACAGCAUCUUCGAGGGCCUGCCGCCCGACGAGCAGAGGCUGUGGCACUCGCACGCGUACGAGGUGAAGGCCGGGCUGUGGACCGACGUCGGCGUGCCGGAGUCCCUGCAGAGCUCGGAGAUGGCGAGCCUCGCCAAGACGUACGGCAAGCUCUGGUGCACCUGGCAGGUGGACCGCGGCGACGCGCUGCCGCUAGGCGCGCCGGCGCUCAUGGUGUCGCCGCAGGCCGUCGAGCCUGGCCGCGCGCGCGGCGAGCUGGUGCGCGGCCGUGACGAGAGGUACAGGGUCGACAGCUCGGCGGGGGGGCUCAAGGCGGCGAGGGUGGAGAUGGACGAGCCGGAGUGGAUCAACCCGAACGCCGACUACUGGCGGCUGCACCGCAAGGGGUUCGCCGUAGACGUCGUCCCCGCCGAGAUGAAGCGCCACGCGCCCUUCCCGUGAGCUCCCGGUUUUCGUUGUGACACGUUCGGAAGUAGGAAAAGAUCGAUGUUCUAGCCAGGGGCGUAUCCUGGGGGAAAAAAAAUAUAGCCUGUAAGAGAGGGGGAGAGUACGGAGCUGUAAGAGAUGCCACUUUAAUUAAAGUUUUAUACUGUAAUAUCUAACGUUCUGUUUUGUA